AUGAGAAGGGCAAUUCGUGUGGAUGAGAGAUUGGCCAUCACCCUGUGGAAGUUAGCCACAUGCAUUGAGUAUAGAACGCUGAAAGAACAUUUUGGUGUUGGUCGUUCAACCAUUUGCGCAAUCAUCCACGAUACUUGUUCAGCAAUAUGCGAGGAAUUGCUCGAUUCCUACCUGAAGUUCCCAACUGGCGAUCGUCUGAACGAAGUUGUAGCUGGAUACAAUGACACAUGGGGUUUUCCACAAUGUGCAGGCGCCAUUGAUGGAAUGCAUGUCCCCAUCAAGGCACCAGUAGAACACCCAGCGGACUAUUUCAACAGAAACCACUAUCAUUCAGUUGUAAUGCAAGCGGUGUGUGACUAUUGAUGCAGAUUUACCGACGUCUUUUUUGGAUUUGCUGGUCGGGCCCAUGACGCUCGGAUUUUGGCCAAUUCGACAUUCUUUCAUUUGGCAGAGGAGGGAUCACUUUUGCCUCAUCGUCCAAGACGUGUUGGUGGACAGGACAUUCCGCUGGUAAUAAUUGGGGAUCCAGCUUACCCGUUAUUACCAUGGCUUAUGAAGCCGUAUGCACACCGCGGACAACUUAAUGCAGCACAGAGGAGGUAUAACUACAGACAUAGCAGGGCCCGGGUGACGAUUGAAAAUAGUUUCGGACGGCUAAAGGGGCGUUGGCGCUGCCUUCUCAAAAAGAGUGACUUUGACAUUAGCAACAUUCACAAUGUAGUCUUGGCAUGUACCAUUCUUCACAAUGCCUGUGAAGUGUACAAGCAGGCAUACAAUAACCAUUGGAAUGAAGAGGUACGUGCAAUUGAAGCCCAGGAGCCCAUCGUAAGGAUGGUCAACCAAGUUGUCAACGUUGGAGAAAAUCAUGCAAUUGGUGGUGAUGCAAUAAGGAACUCGUUGACCAGGCAUUUUAAUCACUGA